GUUUUAUUAAUCAAUUAAUUAAACUGAAAGUUAUAGUUCUUAAUAAUGAUAAAUAAAUAAUUAUUCUAUAAUAUUUAAAUAAUGUAGUAAAUGUAAAGUUGAAUGUGAAUUGAGUCAUACCUAUGCGAAAUAUUAAAAAUGCGUAAAAAGUUUGUUUACAUUGCCUUCUUCAUUGGUAUAGCACUCGCCAGCUGGAUAUAUUGGCAAUCGAAUGAAGAAUUUCAUGAGACUGUCGCCGUUAUUAAAAGGAAAAUAUACAAAUUAAACGAUGUUACACUUAAACCAGCGAUAACGUUUUGCCAAAGUCAUCCAUUUUUACUUAUAAUCGUAACUUCCUAUGUUGGUCAUGUGGAGUUACGAAGUGCUCAUAGAAGGGCUAUGCCUGCCGAGAAGUUAAGGGAAUUGAAUGCAGCUAGAAUAUUUUUGUUGGCCCAAAUACCGGACAAAGAAAAAUAUAUAACACAAUCUGCAAUCAAUGACGAGAGUAACACUUUUGGUGAUAUCUUACAAGGAAAAUUCACAGAAAACUAUAGAAACUUGACUUAUAAACACCUGAUGGGCUUGAAAUGGGCCUCAACUGUGUGCCAGGAUGCAACAUACAUACUAAAAGUGGAUGAUGAUACAGUAUUCAGCUUAGAAAGAACCUAUGAAUUUUUGAAAGCAUUAAAAUAUACUGAAGACCUAUUAUUAGGAUAUAUGCUGAACAAUACCAAACCAAGAAGAAAUAAGGAGAACAAAUGGUAUGUCACUUGGGAUGAAUACUCAAGAUCAGAAUACCCUUUAUACCUCUCAGGAUGGUAUUACCUCACCACUCCUAAAGUUGCAGGAGACCUGUGCGAUGAAGCUAUUUACCAUCCAUACUUCUGGAUUGAUGACAUUUUUAUAACUGGCAUCCUCAGAGAAUCACUUGGUAUCAAAUUAAAACAACUCCCAGACACAUACUGGCUGGAAUAUUAUGAGUUACUUGAAUGCUGUAUAAAUGAUAUGAUUAAGAAAUCAAUUGAAUGUGAAUAUAUAGUGGGUCCAAAUGGAAAUAGAAAUAAUUUAAUUGUAGAAUACAAUGAUGCAGUAAAACUUUAUGAUAAUAAGAAAAACUGUACUAAGAGAACGGCAGAUCAAGACUUACAUAAAACAUGUGUUGCACACCAAGAACGAACUAUAUUUGGUGAUGGUGGGCAGGUAGAGGUGAAAUCUAUAAAAUUGUAAAUAUGAAACACAUUGAAUUUUGUUUUGGUCUACUCUAAGGCUGGUUUUAGUAUCACACUGACCGUCGCCUCCGUGCGCGCCAAUUUGCUGCUUAGCGUUGACAGUCUGCGCGACACUGAAACCAAACUAAUCUGUACAUAGUAACUAAGACAACUUAUGAAGUUAUGAAUCAAUUUAUAUGACCAUGUGAUAUUAUGUUACCUACAUAAUUAAAUUGAAACAUAAUUUAACAAACCAUUAUUUCAUGGGACCAACAAGUUGAAAAGUCGGUGUUGUAUUGUUUAUGUAUUGUGUACCUUUCCCUACCACCCAUAGAAGGCGAGAUGUUAAGUUAUUAACAUUACAUACAGAAACAUUACUUAUAUAUAGCAUCACGCCUUUUAUCCCCGAAGGGGUAGGCAGAGGUGUACGUUACGGCACUUAAUGCCACUGUACAGUGUAA